CAGAACUCAACCUGCCCUGACAGCAUCUGAGCCACCAUGGGAACCCGAGAUGAUGUGUAUCCAUUGGGGCUCUGCAUCGCUCUGUGCCUGUGGGGCACCGUGGCCCAGAAUCAUGGCAUACAAGCUGUUCCAGUCCCUGCAGGUACCACUGAGGACUGCAACAACCAUAUGCUGUGCCCAGCAAACGCCAAGUGUGUGAAUAGCACCCACUGCACCUGCCUGGAUGGAUACCAGCCAAGGGGGAAUCGCUUCUUCACCGACACAACAGAGACCUGUGAUGAUAUUAACGAGUGUCUGGGGCCGAGCCCGCCUGACUGCGGCCUCAACGCAAAGUGCAUCGACGUGCCUGGGAGAUACUACUGCACCUGCAGUGAUGGCUACGAGUUCAGCUCUGGGGAAGCCAAAUUCAGGGACGUGAGGGAGAACAGCUGCCGGGAUAUUGACGAGUGCCAGGGACACGCAAACUGCAUCAAUGUGCCUGGGAAUUACUUCUGCAAAUGCAUCGAUGGCUCUGGGAAAGCCAAGUUCACGCACGCGAGUGAGAACAGCUGCCAGGACAUCGACGAGUGCAACAAGACCUCAGAUAUCUGUGGGCCCAAGACCAUGUGCAUCAACACCAAUGGGAGCUACCAGUGUGAGUGCCGGGCCGGCUACAUCCCCUCCAACGGGAACACGACCCUGUGCCAAGUCCCCAGCAUUAACUCCAGUGUUCAGUUCGUGGCCAUCAAAGAGACGUUCAGGAAUUUCUCUCUGCAGGGAAAGCGGAGCGGUGAAAGCAGCAAUUUUUCCUCUUUCUUUAAUUUGACCUUCGACAGUUUGAUGUCCAUGUUUGGAGACGGGAAUGCGACGUUAUCACUGGAGAACGCGACUCUCCCUUUCAACUCGGUCCUGAACAGCACCUCCCUCUUGGAGGGUGGAGGCAAGGACGAGGUUGUGUCGGCUGUAACGUUCGUCCUGCAGACAGUGGAACUGUCCACGCUGGCCACUGCUCUCCGGUCUCCAGAGAGGACAACACAGAACGUGACGACAGAGUCUCUAGCUAUCCAGACGCAGCUCGUCACAGGGAACUGCAGCCAGCACAGCAAGGUCUUCACACUGCGCGCUCACGAGGAGACGAUGGACGUGAGCUGUGAUACAAUCACCGAGGCAGCCACACAAGCUGGUGUGGGGGCUGCUGCUUUUAUUUCCUACUCCACCCUGGACUCCAUCAUGAGUGUGAGACGUCUCAGCGAGGGAAAUCAACGGGUUGGUGGGAAGCUGGAGAAGAGUCACCUCAACUCCAGGGUCGUGACUGGGGCCCUUGGAGACGGGAGACCCAUUAACAUAUCCAGACCCGCAAACUUCACCCUGCGCCAUAAACAGGCCAAAAAAGAGGAGGAAGUGACUCUCUGCGUCUACUGGAAAGUGGUGGCCAAGAGCGGCAGCUGGUCUCCGGACGGCUGCACCGCCGUGCACAUGAACAGCACUCACACCACCUGCAGCUGUGACCAUCUCUCCAGCUUCGCCGUCCUAAUGGCUCCCACCGCAGUGACGGAGAGCUACCCACUGACCAUCAUCACCUACGUGGGACUGACCCUCUCCCUGCUGUGCCUCUUCCUGGCCAUCCUCACCUUCCUCCUGUGCCGCUCCAUCCGCAACGUCAGCACCUCCCUCCACCUGCAGCUCUGCCUCUGCCUCUUCCUGGCCGACCUGCUCUUCCUCACUGUGGUGACCCAAACCGGCAGUCAGGUGGCGUGUGCUGUCAUUGCUGGCCUCCUGCACUACCUCUUCCUGGCCUGCUUCACCUGGAUGUUCCUGGAGGGGCUGCACCUCUUCCUCACUGUCUGGAACCUGCAGGUCGUGAAUGACACCAGCGCCAGCCGGUUCAAGAAGAGAUUCAUGUACCCGUUCGGCUACGGAUUCCCAGCCCUGGUGGUGGCUAUUUCUGCAGCGGUGAAUCCUGAUGGCUAUGGAACUUCCACACACUGCUGGCUCACCCUGGAGAGAGGCUUUCGUUGGAGCUUCCUGGGUCCAGUCUGUGCCAUAAUCCUGAUAAAUAUAACGUUCUUUGCCCUGACCCUGUGGAUCCUGAGAAACACACUCUUCUCCCUCAAUGCAGAUGUGUCCACUGUCAAAGACCACAGGUUACUGACCUUUAAAGCCAUCGCCCAGCUCUUCAUUCUGGGCUGCACAUGGAUCCUUGGUCUCCUCCAAGUCGGCCCAGCAGCCGCGGUCAUGGCGUAUUUAUUCACCAUCGUCAACAGCCUGCAGGGAGCCUUCAUCUUCCUGGUGCACUGUCUCCUCAAUCGCCAGGUGAGACAGGAGUACAGGAGAUGGAUCAAGGGAUUCCGAAUGUUCAGCAUGAAAUCUCAGACAUACGAUCUGUCCAUGUCUGCUGUCCCCACCACCAGCACCAAGACGGACUAACCCUUCUGCCAGGCGGAGUCGGCAGCAACCAGGGCCGGGGUCAAUACCUAGGAGUUCCAAUACAAAACCGAACCAGCUGGAGCCCCUGUGACAUUGCGCUCCAUAUGCUUUAUGGAAAUAUGCUUAGGAAUAUGACAAAACUGGUAUAUACUUUACGCUAAAUACCCCUUCUAUGGUGUCUUUAGACAGCUUGUAAUCUGCUAAGUGUGUUCAUACUAUUAGUUUGCAUGUGUUAUUUCUAUACCUGGAGUUAGAAGAAUAAUAUAUAAACUUGUAUCACUGAUGAAAAACAUUAAGUGGAGGCCAUUAAGGGUCUAUUCUGGGCUGGGGAUUAUUGGGGGACAGAGCUAAUUGUGACAUCACAGUAGCCUUAGCCACGAGCAAACUCCUACCUCAGAAUAUAUUGGGCAGUGCCCUUUGCCGCAGUUUCUCCCCUUGCGGUGUGGAAGUCCAACAAAUGCUCCUUUAACCUGCCUUUAGGCUUCCCUUCCCCUGCACCCCCCUCACAGCUGCUGUCUUUAGUUGGCGAAGGCCCAGAGUUCAGAGCAUUCAUGUGAGUUCAACUCCCGCCAGAGGGGUGGGAGGUGGGGAGAUGAUGUUGAGAAAUGCCUCGGCUGCUGCUGCCACCACCACGUAUACAAGUGAGGUCUGGUCUGAGCUACAGACCUAUAUCAGUGUGUCUGCUCAGCUCUG